AGCAGAUAAGGAUGGCUGCAGCAGAGCUGGAAAGUGUAGAGAAAGUUUUGGAGAAAUACAUACCUGCCGCUGAAUUAGCGGAGGUAAGGCGCGUCUUUUAUGGAAAGGAAUUGAGAAAACUCAGUCUACCAGAAGAUGUGUACUCUACAGCUGAUGAGAAAGAUUUUGAGGUUCAAGGUUACAGCUUCUGUGAGCUUGCCAAAGAGGAAAGUUUUCGUCCACCAAGAGUGGUGAGAAUUGGAGCCAUACAAAACAAGAUUGUCCUUCCUACAACAGCUCCUAUAUCCAAACAGAUUGAAGCACUGCAUAACCGGAUCUCUUAUAUCAUUGAAGUGGCUGCCCGAAGUGGUGUAAAUGUGAUCUGUAUGCAGGAGGCUUGGACAAUGCCCUUUGCUUUCUGCACCCGAGAGAAACAUCCUUGGUGUGACUUUGCAGAGCCUGCAGAAAAUGGUGCUACUACAAAACUCUUACAGGAGCUAGCGAAAAAGUACAACAUGGUAAUUGUUUCCCCAAUCUUGGAGCGAGAUGAAACUCAUGGAGACAUUCUGGCAAAUACGGCAGUGGUGAUAUCCAACACAGGUGAAGUGCUUGGUAAAUCUAGGAAGAACCACAUCCCUAGAGUCGGUGACUUCAACGAGUCUACAUACUACAUGGAGGGUGACACAGGCCACAAAGUGUUCCAAACACAGUUUGGAAAGAUUGCUAUCAACAUAUGCUAUGGCCGCCAUCACCCUCCCAACUGGUUGAUGUAUGGAGUGAAUGGGGCUGAAAUUGUCUUCAAUCCUUCUGCAACUGUGGGAGCACUAAGUGAGCCAAUGUGGCCGAUAGAAGCUCGAUGUGCGGCCAUCGCCAACAGUUACUUCACAUGUGGCAUCAACCGAGUCGGCACUGAAGAGUUUGCAAGGGAGUUCACUUCUGGUAACGGUAAACCAGCUCACAAAGACUUUGGACAUUUCUAUGGUUCCAGCUAUGUGGCAGCUCCUGAUGGCACACGUACUCCAGGACUUUCAAGGACUCGUGAUGGACUUAUGGUGGCAGAAGUUGACCUUAAUCUUUGUAGACAGGUCAAAGACGGCUGGUGUUUCAGGAUGACCCAGAGACUGGACAUGUAUGCUAAGUCACUGACUGAGGCAGUCAAACCAGACUACCAGCCAGACGUGGUCAAGGAGAAGUAGAGGUCACUGUUUUGUUGAAGGUAAAUAGCUCAAGGGAGAUAACCACUUUCAUCUCUCCAGAACUACCAGGGACAUCUUCGGAUAUACAAAUGCAAGGCCGUCUAAAGCUGAUGUCUUAUGGAAAGAAAACUUGUGUAUUCUUCUCAAUUAAUUAGAAAUCCAAGAACUUCUCUAAAUAUGAUAUACUUAUCCUAGUAUUGGCUAGAAUUUUUACCUUGUUUGAUCCAUCAUGCAUUGAUAUUGAUUUGUUAUCGAAAUUAUUUUCACUGUUAACCGAUGAUCACCUUAACUUGUAAAACCAAACAUUUUGAUCUAUUGGGUCUUUUACAAUUGUUAAUACAACUUGUAAAACUCAUUUUCAGAAUAAUUUUAUACAAUAUAUAUAUUACCCUAUACUGGUUGUAAAGUUUGAUCCCAUUAAUUGUUUUUAAAUGAAUGACCCUGUUUUUUUUUGACAUGUUUUUCUCAUACAUUUUUUUAUGUAAUUAAGAUGGGAAUCUUAUGGCCUAUCCAGUGAUGUCACAUUCAGUUGACAUUUUGGUGCUUAAUUGCAAAGGGAGAUAAUCUAAUAGCAUCACAGAUUUGUGAAAUGAAACAAGUUGAGAAGGUUUUUUCAAAUUUCGACAAAAUGAUGUACUAGAGAUAGAAUCUACUCAUAUGAAGUUGAGAUUAAUUUAUUUCAGUCUCUGGCUGACAUUCUAUAACAUCUCAUUCUCCACUUUGUCUCAAAUGAUUCUGUUAAAGAAUGUCAGCCCACGAUUGAGAUUAAUUAUACCCCCCGCAACAAAGUUAGGGUGGGGGGGUGUAUACUGGAAUCAGGUUGUCUGUCUGUCCGUCCGCCUGUCCGUCCAUCUGUCUUUCUGUCUGUAGACACAUUUUGUCCGGCUAACUCCUCAUAAACCUGUGAACCGAUUUUGAUGAAACUUUACAGGAAUGUUAAGGAUCAUGUGUAGAUAUGCAUGCCCCUUUCUUUUUUGAAAAUUUUGGUUGCCAUGGUAACUGGUCACUAUAAACAAGUUUUCUAAUAAAUGUCCAUAACUCCUCAGUUAUUUGACCGAUUGUAUUCAAACUUAGUAAAAAGAUGUCAUUCAGUAACGCCAAUAAUUGGACAUAUUAGAUGUUUCCCAAACUGUUACCGCGGAAACACAAUCCUGGCCUCUGAUUAUCAACCGAUUGCCAGAUGAGUUUGAGAUUGAUGUAGUACCCACUUAUUAUAGUGACCAUUAUUUUGUCUCUGUGGCCCUUCAGUGGAAAAUAUUACUUCAAUAAACAUGUAAGUAAUGCAAGACUCUCUUGAUCAUGAACAACAUGUAUUCCACCCCUUCUGAUUUCCAGAAAUGCAGGCACAUGCAGAAUAUGUCAAUUACUCUCAGAAUAACACUUUAACUUAUCCAUUGACUUGUUGCAGUGUGCGGGGGGUAUUGGUCAGCCAUCUAGGCGACAGUUCUAGUUGAUCUUGUACACAUAAAGGCAACAUAUUCUAUAAAUCUAUAAUAUAAAGCGGAGCUCAACAUUAAAAAAAAAAAAGAAAAAAUGAAAAUAAAAAAACCGUAAUUGAUACAUCAACUGUUUUCCUGGCAGUACAUUUACUCUUUUUAUCCUGGUGAUAUAGUGGACCAUGUUUUGAACUUGAGACCAGCAGUCUCUCGAUCAGCAUUCCCUCAUCUGAAUGUCUUCGUCUUAGGUGAAUGAUAGUGUCUACAUCCACUCACAUCAGCCUGAUGAAAACUACAAUAUCUUGUCGUAGGAAUAUUAUGUAAACACAUACAUCCAACUCACUAAGAAAAAAUCCCGCUGGAUAGAGUAGAGAACAUGGAAAGACAUUACGAAAAGUUUAGAUUUAACCAAGAAAAGAAAGAUUUAUCUCAUUUUGUUGGCUGUCAAUUAUUUUAAAAAUCAAGAUUGAUUUAUUUUAGAAACAUAUAAAUUUUAUGGACUUUUAUCAAUAAAAAUGAGAUUGAGAUGAAAAUGAUAACAAAUCAGAAUUUAAAUGUCAUUGAUAAAAGAUAUUGGCAGUUGUUUGUGCCUUGUUCAUCUCUUUUUUCAUACUUUUGUAAUUGAAGAAUGUUAAUCAAUAAAAUAAUUUCACAUCUGAUAUUGAAAAUUACAAGUAAUUUGAUGCUGUGAAAGUUUAAAUGUGCAUUUCAAUGUUUUUUUGACAUCUGAAACAAGCACAUUACGGACAUAGAUAUUUGUAUGAAUUUUGAAUUGCUACAUUGUCACAGAUUUUGUUAAAACGUUUUACUUUUAUAUUGGAUAUACAAUUUGUAUAUACAUUGUUGUUCUGGUGCUGUAUUUAAUUCACAAAUAAUUGUUAAAACUGCUGAAUAUUUAUGAAUGUUCAUAUCAGUAAUAGCUUCUCAGAUUUAAAUAUUAAAUCAUGUAUAUAAUAUUUUUUGGUAUACGUUCUGAUUGAAUAUGUACACACACUGCCUUGAGUUCAGUUGGGGGGAAGGGUGUGUGUAAAAGCAGACAGACUGGUGCAGCUUUCACACAAUACAGUCAUUGUAAGGAACUAAGGUGGCCAUAUUGUAGAUGCAUUUACUAUGAAUGAAAACAUGCAAACCGUCCAUAUUAAUAUAUUGCAGCUUUUACAAGAUAUGUAAAAUCUAAAGUGCGAUGUACAGCGGUUUGAAGAAAGAUUAGUUCAAAAAUUCAAUUUUUUUUUUCAUUCAGAAAAUCAAAACUAUUUUGAAAUGAAUGGAAGGGAUAGGUUUAUUAAUAUGAAUUAAACUUUCCUAAAUUUGAUUUUUUAAACUUUAAAAAUUGAAUUUCUGUCUAUAGUCUUGAAUUAAUUUAGAGCUUAUAACAUGUCUUCUAGUCACGGCAGAUUUUAUAUGCCAUUUGUAUUAGUCAAUAGUUUGUAUUCCCAGACGUACGAUUGAGGGGAGAUAACUCUGCAUGAUGUACAUUUUAGAGUCUAGGGGAGACAAUCCAUGUGUUCUAUUCUUACCGAUAGUACAGCGUAGAAUUCCCAUUAUGUAAAUGAAAUAUCAAGUUAUUUCAAAUAAUCAAACUCUAAAUAAAAAUCAUGUAAUCUUA